AUGAUAAAAUAUCCUUCUCGUGAAGUUACGGCCGGAAUAGGCUCUUCUUCGGAACAACAUCCAACAUCUCUUUCAUUGGAAGAAGACCAACACUUUGAUGCAUCCUCUCAACCACUUCCUUGCAGAGAAAAAGAACUUGCUCAAAUUAAAGGAAACAUUUUGAACAGAAUUGAAUUAUCAUGUCCCUAUUCCAUGUAUGUUUCGGGUGAGCCUGGAUCUGGAAAGACGGCGAGUGUCAAACAAGUGGUUAAUGAACUAUGUAAUGAAAAACGCAAUGUCAUCUCCAUAUUUAUUAAUGCAAUGAAAUUAUCUCAACCCUCAAAAGCUCUUGAAAUUAUUUUUGAUCGAGUUAUUAAACAAAAUAAUCGAACUUUGAAAUCUAAAACAAAAACUAGUGUUAAAACAAAAAUUGAAAGUUAUUUCAAAAACCCAAAAACAUUUGAAAAACGACCCUAUGUGAUCGUAAUUGUUGAUGAAAUGGACUUUUUUGUAAUGAAUACGACGAACAAUACCAAGAAUAUUCAUUUACUCUAUGAAUUGGUAGAUAUUACAAGAGACAAAAAUAGCAAAUUAUGUAUUAUUGGAAUUUCGAAUACAGUUUCAUUACUUGACAAGUUACACACCAAGAUUAAGAGUAGAUUUGAUGACACUCUUACUUUCUUUCCAUAUGAAAAUGAACAAAUUAGGACCAUUGUAGAAAGUAAAAUUUUAAAUAAUUAUGGAGAUUAUUUUGACAAGAGCGCUAUUAAGAUGAUUGGAUCGGUGAUUGCUAGAAAAGCAGGAGAUAUUCGUAGAGCUAUUGAUAUUAUUAAGAGAUGUAUUGAGGUCUAUCAAUGCUCUCCUCAAGCGUUAGGUGAAAAGAAGAAGAAAAUUGAUUCCAUUUUUGUCAAGAAUAUUGCAUCGGAUUAUGCAAAUAAUUAUCCUUUGGAAUCACUAAGCAUUUAUCACAAAUUAUUUUUGCAUUGUGUGCUACAAGAGUUCCAAAUGAAAACAAAAGCACUCAAAGAAAAUCCAAAUUCAGCAAUUACUGGAUCCUUUGAUGCCAAUCCUGAUAAUAUUCUAUUUGAGAGAGUGGUGAUGAGAUUUCAAAAUUUAUUGGCCAUGUCUGAGAAUAUCAAACCCUCCACCUCAUCUUCGUCCUUCUCCUCCUCGACUCAUCUUUUACAUUUAUCGAUGGAUCAAUUGGAACAUGUGAUGGGAACAUGGGUCGAGUUGGGUGUCAUUUCCGUUGAAUACGACAAUCGAGAACGUUUACCAUUAAUUCAUUUGCAUGACGCUCAAGAAACACUUUGUGCAUUGCAAUCAGAUCAAGAGAUUAAGAGUUUUUGUUUGUGA